UGAACACCGAUGAGUUUUUGUUUACCUAGCAACAGAGCGCAAGAUAGCAACGGUGUUUGGCGAAUGUCACCGCUAACGCGAAUGUGAUCCAAUAAAAGGGACGCUUCAUGUUUUUAGGGUGUAGUGAAAAAGUAAAAAUAAACGCAUUUAGCUUGAAUUAGCCGCCAUAUUUGGCUGUCGUCUUGUUGUUGCUAAAUUAGCUUGCUAACGGUGACCAAAGAUGUCUUUUCAAGAGUCACCUCGUCCUUCUGAUGAAGAGGAGGCUUUCUACAUACAGUGCAGAGCCGCGUACCUCGCAGUGUUUAGAUCUAGUUUGACAAAUAUCGCUUCCAAACAGCAGCUAUGUCGUGCUCUGCAGCAGGCUGGCAGAAAUCCAACCCAUGCAACUCUCAAUAAAUACUGGACCCCGAGGAUGUCCAAACUGAACUUUGAUGACUUCUGUGAAAUUCUCAAGAAUGAGAAAAAAACUGAGGAGACAGAACUAAUGAGAGCCUUUAAAAGGAUGGAUGUGAACGGUGAUGGCUAUAUCUCACACAGUGAACUGGAGAAGGCCCUUACCACUAGAGGAGAGAAAAUGACCACUGAGGAGGUGAAUGCUAUUUUCGCGUUAGCUGACAUCAACAAAGACGGCAAGCUGGAUUAUGCAGAAUUCUGCAGAUUGCUCGUGUCUACAGUAGAGCAGUGUCAAGUGGCUGCUUUGGAGAGGCUCGAGGCUAACGCCAAACUGAAGAGACAGAACUUUGGCAGUCAGUCAUACAGCCCUCCUAAGAGCUCAGUGUCAUCAGCAUCAUCAGCAACAGCAGCAGCAGUGCAAGCAGCAGUGACUCUCCCCCAGCCUCCUGAAACACCCUGGGCAGAAUCAGACAUGACACUCAAGAAGGACAGCAGAUCAUCCUCCCGGCCUUCCUCCGCUCGCAGCAGACGGUCGUCCCUGUCGAACUCAAUCACUAUGACAUCCAGCAGCACUAAAGCCAGCAAAAUCCCAGAGCCGUCAGGAUUACAGGAGUGGCUUCACAGGUACACGAGGGGCUGUUUCUUCUUGGAGGACGAUGGAAGCAUCGGCUCUCUGCAGUACCAGCUCCACAUCCCCCAGACAACUAACGUCUACCUCACCAUCCAACCACUCAGCCUCAGCCACGGACCAGACAAGCCGUCUUCAUGGAUGACAGUGGACACAGCUCUUUUUGUCAUGUCAGCUGGUGAAACCAAAGAGGACUCAACUUUUGUGUGUUUCACUGAGUCGAAAGACAAAGAAAAGUAUGUUUGGAAAGGAGAAUUGCAUGCUGGGACUUACUACCUGCUGCCCUUCACCAGUGGCUGCAAACUAAAGAAAAGGAGCAAAAAGAGCCUUUCUAAUAAACCAGUAGAGCUCGUCUACAGGACUGACACUGGAGAGCUAGACCUCACCCGGGAGCUCAGGGAGGUGCUGUCUGACAUCUUUGAGGUGAUAGACCUGGAUGGGAAUGGGUUGCUCAGUUUGGAGGAGUACAACUUCUUUGAGCUGAGGACCAGUGGGGAGAAAUGUGACAAGGAUGCCUGGGCUGUCUGCAAAGAGAACUUUGAUAUGAGGAAGAACCAGCUGACCCGGCAGGGCUUCAUGGAGCUGAACCUGAUGGAGGCCACGGAGAAAGAUGGAGACCCCGCGGACCUGUGGGUCACCCUGGAAGCCAUGGGCUACAACCGAAUGUUGGAGCUGGUAGAGGCUUGUCCAUUCCAGAUAGACGUACACUGUGAAGGCACUCAGCCAUCCGUCCAACCAUUCAGCAUGGACUCAGGGCCCAAGCUUUUGAACCAGGCCGUCCAGAAGUCCAUCACAGCCAGAACAGGGGCCAAAGCACUGAGGGGACAAGACAACGUCUUUGUCUACACCUACAGAGGAGAACACAGGAUCUCCUCCCUCAUAGCCAACAAGACUAACCAGAAAGUGACUGUCCAUGUAAACAACGAGCAGAGCAGAAACUGCUGCAGCAGCAGAGGCAUGAGUGUGUUUGCUGUCGAGGUGCCAGGCAGGACUAAGAUGGUGUGCCAACACGUCCUGCCCAUUAAUGAGAGACAGGAUUGGACCUACAACUGUGUGGAGACCAUACUACCUUGCACAUAAAGCUGCACCCUCAUCACUCACCUGUGCUACUGAUACAGAGAAGUGAUGGGCAAAGAUUAUUCAUACACCAGUGCUUUCAAAAAGGAUAUAUGACAAAGAGAAACUGUUAAAUAUCCACUGACAAUGUGAUAACUGUUGUCACUGGUUGGAUUAAUAGAUGUUAUGUGUAAUUGUACUGUAAAUAACAAGGUCCAAAAGGAACACUGCAGAAUCAUUUUAACUUUUAGAAGCCCACCAUUCAACGCUUGCCUGUAAGUUUUAUAAAGCCUCAUAUGUCAGGCAGCAACACCAGAAGCUGAGACCCUCUGGCUGCUUGUGGCCAGCAGCUUGAGAACAGUGUCUCAGAAACUCAGUGACUGGAUGCAUCAGAGGUGUUAGCCAUUGAUGCCAAUGAGAAGUGGUCACCGUAGUCAUAAAGUACAACUAAUAAUAGUUGUUACUGCUUUUGUCGUGCCUUUGUAUGUGGGACAGAAAUUUCUUUAACCAUAAUUAACAUUUUAAAUAUAUACAAUGUUUAGAUCAAGGGUUAAAUUGCCAACAUGACUCUUUUUUUAUAUAUUUCAUUCUCUAAAUGGAGGCUGUUGUCACGGUGAAUUGACAGUAGAUGUAAUAAUUUUGAAAAAAGUACUCUUGUGUCUGCUACUUUAUGUAACAUCAAUAUACAUUUUGUCACAGUAAUUGAGAAUAUUGUAGAAUAGAGUAUUAUUUCAGUGAGGUUAUGCAUUA